AUGGAUAAGUUAUUUUUCAAGAUUGUCACGGGAUCACCCAUAAUGGAGCUAAAGAAUCAGUACAUAAGUACAUCACAAUAUACAAUUUUAUGCGCCCAGGCACCUGAUCCUAGGCAUCGUAUUGAACUUCUGCGGAGCCGUCUUCGGUCUUCAACAGAAACUACUUCUGAACAAAAUAUGAUUCAUAUUGUGAAUACAUGCAUCACAACCGAGCUAUCACCGGACGACGUGGAAGCUCUUAUAGAAGAAAUUGCACAGAUAGCUCUUGAACACUCUACUUGGUCUGAAUUCAUCAAGUGGGUGUGUACGUUAAUUCAUUACUAUUGCACUGAUGACCUAACUAUAUCCCUUUUUUUAGAAUUCGAUGUCCCAAGCAUUGCUGUUCGAGCACUGAAGGAAUUUCAACAAAACACCCAACUUGUGUUAUCGGCUUGUACUUUACUAUCCCACUUUAACAUGUAUGAUAUCAGUGACAGCAUUACUCAGUUAACAAAUGCACUUUUUAUUCAUGCGGAGGAUAAGCAAGUUUCCAAAAUAGCAGUUUACACACUUGCGGAAUACACUUCUUAUCACGCUGAAAUUCCACAUUGUUUUGCUUAUGCUAGUCGAAAAUUCGUUGAUGCGGGUGGAGUCCCCGUGCUGGAAUCGAUUCUGCGUAAUUAUUUAGAUGAUGAUGAAACCACAACGCAUGCAGUAUGUAUAGUAGCGAACAUAACGAGUUCAGGGGCCUCUGAUUCAAUCGACCCCAACUCCGAUCUCAUGAUGUACGUUUCCGAGUCUUUAACUCGAUUAAAGCACUUGGAAAUGCAUUGCCACCAUGUUUUACGUAUUUUCAGCAGCAUUCCCUCCUCUAAAUACAACGAUUUGGAUAGUGUCUUGCCGUUGUUUAUCGACAUCAGAUCAGAGAUGCUGGCGCUCGAAUGGAUUAGCUUUUUGUCUAGUGUAGCGUCCAGUUGUAAGGAUAAGAAGCCCAAAAUCUACUCCACAGGGUGCAUUCCUCUGAUUGUUGAAAUUAUGCGCACUUACGAGACAAACUCUUCCAUUCUGGAAGGUGCCUGUAGUUUGAUAUCUUACCUUUCAUUUGAUUCGGAUCAAAUGACUUCUGAGAUUACCGAGUUGGGUGGGAUGGAUCUCACUCUUCACGCCAUGCGUAAGUUUCCCAGUAACGAGGAUUUACUCACAACCGCCUGUUCGGCAAUAUCGGGCCUUGCCUUUGAUAAUCCGGCCGGUCAGAAAAUCCUUAUUGAUAACGAAGGCGUUUCACUUGUCAUCGACGCAAUGCGGAAAGGGAGAAAGGCCAGCUUACAGGAGAGUGGUUGCCUGGCGAUCGGUACGAUGUGUUGGAAUCCAGAUCUGAAGACCGAGAUUGUGCGCCUUGGUGGGAUUGACUUAAUUAUCAAAUCUUUAAAGGAGCAUUGCACAAGCUAUGGGCUCGUCAAAAACGCGUGCCGCGCUAUUGAUCAAAUUGCAUUUAGUUGUGAGAAAUAUCGUGAUGAGAUGUGUGAUAAGGGUGUAAUUCCCUUGAUUGUAAAAGGUAUGCAGCGGCACUCAACUUUUGAUCGAGUUCAGAUGCACGGCUGCAUUGCUUUGUCAUAUUUGUCGUGGUCCAAUAAAGAUCACGCCGCGAAAAUACGGGGAUGUGGAGGGUAUAAGACCAUUGUGGAUGCCAUGCGGAAUCACCCCAACAACCAAGAGGUCCAGGAACAUGCAUGCCGUGCGUUGGUGGGGAUUUUUGCUUUUCCCACCGAUGAUCUUGCACCCGUGUUGACGCAGAUUAUCGCCUCCAUGCGGCGAUGCGAGCGAUCGGCUGAGAUUCAAGAAGAAGGGUGCCGCGCCAUCGUCACCUUAUCCUUGUUAUCCUCCGCGAAUAAGGAUAUUCUGUUUGACCUCAACGCCCCCGAGGUGGUGAUUACGGGGAUGAAAAAUUUCGCCCAGGUAGAGCUGGUUCAGCAGGAGGCCUGCAAUGCCCUGGCCCACCUUGCGUACGAGCAUCUUAAGCUGAACUGUGCGAUUACCAAUUUAAACGGGGUGCAGCUUCUGAUUGAUCUGAUGCGGACCUUCAAGCAUAGCGCGAAGAUCCAGCUGAAUGGCUGCGCCGCGCUCAGUGCCCUGGCCUUUGACAACAUCACCGCACAGGAGCAAAUUUUCGAGUUCGGGGGCAUCCCUUGUGUGAUCUACGCCACCGAUACCUUUGAUCGGCUGCGAAUACUGGAGUUGGGGUGUUCGCUUCUGGGGAACUUGGCGUGGAAUACAACCAUCAAGGAGCCCUUGGCGGGGAUCGCCGUUCCGCAUAUCCUGCAUAUGAUGAAAAAACACGCGGGCAACGCGCUCCUGCAAAAGUCCAUUUGCCGGGCCAUCUCGCAGUUUUCUUUCAACUCGGAAAGCAACCGACAGCUGCUGGUUGAAUCGGGGGUGAUCCCUCUUAUCAUCGACUCCAUGCGGGAGCACGUGGGCUCGGAUAAGCUUGUGAUGCAUGCCCUGAAGGCAUUGACCUACUUGUGUUGGGAAAGCGAUCAGGUAGCGCAGAUGAUCAUCGACGCGAAGAUUGAAGAGGUUUUACAGCAGGUGGUGGUGCGCUACGUGGAGACGCCUCGGGUCUCGAACGAGGCGAUUCACCUCUGCAAGAUUCUAUUUCGCAAGAUAAGCGGCAGUCCCAGCCCCACGGCGAGCGGAAUGUCCCCACCGAGUAUUUCCCCAUUGGCGGUUCCUUUUUUUACCCCGGGGCCUCGAACUGGGGGGCGGAAAAAGGCCUGUCCUAGCCCUCUCGCGGCAGUGGGAAAAGGAGGGUCGUCCUUUUCUAACGCGAAUGAACGUCCUACGUCGAAGCCGCGUCCUUUUUCGUCAGACGAGGGCUCCUCUAAAAACCAUCUCAAAGGCACUAGUGGGGGUAGGCCCCCACGGCGUGGGGAAGCAGGGCGGUUCAGGCGUGGAUAUGAAAACGGCCGAAGUUUUAACGGCCCGUCCAGCACUUUUAACGAGCCGGUGGAGAACCCCAACCCGCAGCUACGUCGUUUUCGUCGAAAUGUGCGUGGCGGCCAGGCUGGGGUAAGUGCACCGGACGUCAACACCGCGAACGGGUGUGCGGUCGCCCCACCGGCAUUUUCCAAUUUAUGA